AGGCGGAGACUGGAAUCGCCUGCCAAGCCUGGGCUCUCGGUCACAGAGGCAGCGCCUCCCGGUUCACGCCAAGUCCAUCCCCCACCUUCUUUCGCCAUUCAUGGCCUUCCCCUCCCCUCCCCCCAUCAUGUGACCGCAGCCUGGACUCCAGGCUUGUUUUUCCCCUCAGCUCAGCCGCACCGCGCAGGCGCCUCGGAGCCCAUUCAUUCGAAAUGCGUAACAAUGAGCCCCGGGGCCCAGCGGCUCCGCGAGCUUCCCAGCUCGGCCCGAGCCCCUCUCGGCCCCCCGUGGAGGCGGCGCCUCAUUGGGGUCCCCCACCCCCGGCCGGCCACCCACUCGGGACCAACCUCCGACCCUCCGCCCACACUCGCGGAGUUGAAGUCAAACUUUCCUGGGCAGCCCCGGCGCCGCGUCGGCCCCUUCCCCCGCCCAGGCCCGCCCCAUCUCCGCACCCGGCCGGGCCACCCACCGCGCAACUGGGCCCACAGCGCGGACCUCGCCGACUCCUCCCAGCCCCCGCCCCAGAGACCCCCCUCGGGCCGCGCCGCCGCGAAGCCCAGGUACAAGGGACAUUGUUCACAAGAGCGGAGGGAGUGGACACUCUUGCACUGCCAGUAGCACGUACAUCAGCACAGGUCAAGAGGGCUGGGAGUAUACAGUGAACUCUGUAAAAAGAAAGCCUACUCCCGAGAACCAUUUCUAAGGAAAAAUCCUAUACAUGGAAAAGUAGUCUGUGCGCACAGACACAAAACCUGCUCCCCCCCGAAAAAAUAUGGAGCCCAAACCCCCAAAAUCGCCAGUGGAGACCAAUUAAUUCAUAAUGUGGAUGUUUACCUAACAGAAUGUUACAAUUUGAUAAAAUGAGAAAUAAAAUAGGAGCGUAAGGUACAGUAAAUGAAAAACAACGGUUUACAACACUUUAAAAAUAGAAAACCCAUGCAAAUAAAAAAGAUGAGGAAUUA